GCUUACCUGCCACAUAAACUAUUGCAGUGAGAGAAAGAAACUCCCUUCACUGAGACAUUCUCGCAUUUCUUUUGUUUUCUACACAGAUCUUCAAUCUCUUUUUUUCAUUUUUUUUUUAAAUUUUCAGUUGUUAAAAAUCUAAAAUCUAAAAUGCCUUCAUUAGCUUUAUCCGAUCAUAAACACAAGAAAGAAGAUAAAAAGAUGAAGAAUAAACUCGCUUUAAAAAAUCCAGAAACCGAUAAGAAAGUGAAGAAACUGAAGGAUCCAAAGGUUAAAGAAGAUGAAAACGAUUUGGAGGUAAAGAAGAGUAAGAAGAAACGGAAGGCAUCGGAGCUUCAGUUAGAAGAGGACGAAAGGAGCGAGACGAGCUCGGAGAUCAAGAAAAAGAAAAACAAAGAGAAAUUGGAGAAGGAUGACGAGGAUGAAGGUAAAAGUGAGGAUCCGAAUUUGGUAUCGAGGUUUCGGAUCUCGGAAGCAGUUAGGAAGAAACUUAAAUCGAAGGGGAUUGAAUCCUUGUUUCCUAUUCAGGCCUUGACAUUUGAUGUUAUUCUUGAUGGCACUGAUUUGGUUGGCCGUGCUCGUACCGGUCAGGGUAAGACACUGGCCUUUGUGUUGCCAAUAUUGGAGUCUUUAACCAACGGGACUUUAAAAGCAUCAAGGAAGAAUGGAUAUGGCAGGGCACCAAGUGUUCUGGUACUUUUACCAACUAGGGAACUGGCUAAACAGGUUUUCGAGGACUUUGAAGUUUAUGGCGAGGUGGUGGGGUUGACAUCAUGUUGUUUAUAUGGAGGAGCUCCCUACCACACCCAAGAGAUGAAAAUGAAGAAAGGAGUUGAUAUAGUUAUCGGGACACCCGGCCGCAUAAAGGAUCACAUAGAGAGGGGGAAUAUUCACUUAGGUUCAUUGAAAUUUCGAGUUCUUGAUGAGGCGGAUGAAAUGCUGAGAAUGGGAUUUGUUGAUGACGUGGAACUUAUAUUAGGCAAGGUAAAGGAUGCAAGUAUGGUUCAGACACUUCUUUUUAGUGCCACCUUGCCAGACUGGGUGAAGGGUAUUGCAGCAAGAUUUCUUAAAACAAGUAAGAAGAUUGUUGAUCUUGUUGGUAAAGAGAAGAUGAAGGCUAGUACCAGUGUUAAGCAUAUUGUCUUACCCUGUUCUAAGUCUGCAAGAUCACAGUUGAUCCCAGAUAUUAUUCGUUGUUAUAGCAGCAGUGGACGUACUAUUAUAUUCACUGAGACAAAAGAUUCUGCUUCGGAGCUGGCUGGCUUAUUGCCUGGAUCCCGAGCUUUGCAUGGGGACAUACAGCAAGCGCAACGUGAGGUAACCUUAAAUGGGUUUCGGUCAGGCAAGUUCAUGACAUUAGUCGCUACAAAUGUGGCAGCAAGAGGAUUAGAUAUCAAUGAUGUGCAGUUAAUUAUCCAGUGUGAGCCACCGCGUGAUGUAGAAGCAUAUAUUCAUCGGUCUGGACGAACAGGGAGAGCAGGCAAUACUGGAGUUGCUGUCAUGCUUUAUGAUCCUAAAAGGUCAAGCAUAUCUAAGAUAGAAAGAGAAUCUGGAGUGAAAUUUGAGCACAUAUCUGCUCCUCAGCCAGUUGAUGUUGCUAAAUCUGCUGGUGUAGAAGCGGCCAAAAUAAUAGCCGAAGUCUCUGACAGCGUAAUUCCUGCCUUCAAGUCCAUUGCUCAGGAGCUAUUAGAGACUUCUGGUUUAUCAGCGGAAGAUCUACUUGCCAAAGCACUAGCCAAGGCCGCAGGUUAUUCUGAAAUAAAGAGUAGAUCCCUUCUAACAUCUAUGGAGAACCAUGUUACAUUACUUCUUGAAGCUGGAAAACCUAUUUACACACUUUCAUUUGUUUUUGGUGUGUUGAAAAGAUUCUUGCCUGAGGAAAAGGUUCAGUCAGUGCAGGGACUGACCCUUACUGCUGAUGGAAUGGGUGCAGUAUUUGAUGUUGCAGAAGAUGAUGUCGGAACAUUUCUGGCUGGGGCUGAAAAUGCAAAUAAUGUUAGAUUAGAGACGUUGAAGAAAAAAUUGCCACGUUUACAAGAAAGAGACCAGUCAAGAGGGAGAUUCGGUGGUGGUGGUGGUGGUGGUGGAAGAGGUGAUAGAAGCGGCGGCGGCGGAAGUGGUGGUGGUGGUAAGUUCUCUGGCGGCAGAAGUGGCCGAGGCGGGUUUUCUGAUAGAGUAAACGAUCGGUUUUCGCGUGGUGGCCGAGGUCGCUACAAUAGCAAGAAAUGGUGAGAGCUCACUAAAAAAAUAUAUAUAUAUAUAGAUCUGUGGUUUGAUUUCAGUCAUCAAAUUAAAGGGAAAUAGCUUAAGCUUUUUGUAAGCAAAAUUAUUUCUGAAGAUGAAGAAAAUGUUCUUAAUGAGCCUACGGAUUUUUUUUAUUUAUCUGAUUAUUCAGUGUUCCUCAAAGGGGUUUUGUUUUUCAUAGUCCCCAUGUUGGUGAAGAUGUAAAAAAAUUGCAUCUAAAUAUGUAUAUUCCUUGCCUACAAAAA